ACAUGGUCCGUCCGCGCCGCGCCCCGCACCGCUCGGGCGCCGGGGGGCCCCUCGGGGGGCGCGGCCGGCCCCUUCGGCCGCUCGUGGUGCGCGCCGGCCGCUCGCGCUCCUGGCCCGCCAGCGCCCGGGGCCCGCAGCCGCCGAGGAUCCGCGCCCGCUCGGCCCCUCCCAUGGAGGGCGCCCGGGUGUUCGGGGCGCUGGGUCCCAUCGGGCCCUCCUCCCCUGGGCUGACCCUCGGGGGCCUGGCCGUCAACGAGCACCGGCUGAGCAACAAGCUGCUGGCCUGGAGUGGGGUCCUCGAGUGGCAGGAGAAGCGCAGACCCUUCUCUGACUCCACGGCCAAGCUGAAACGAACUCUACCCUGCCAGGCCUACGUGAACCGGGGGGAGAACCUGGAGACGGACCAGUGGCCGCAGAAGCUCAUCAUGCAGCUCAUCCCACAGCAGCUACUGACCACACUGGGACCCCUGUUCCGCAACUCGCAGCUAGCACAGUUCCACUUCACCAACCGAGACUGCGACUCGCUCAAAGGGCUCUGCCGCAUCAUGGGCAACGGCUUUGCGGGCUGCAUGCUGUUCCCCCACAUCUCCCCGUGCGAGGUGCGUGUGCUCAUGCUGCUCUACUCGUCCAAGAAGAAGAUCUUCAUGGGCCUCAUCCCCUACGACCAGAGCGGCUUCGUCAACGCCAUCCGGCAGGUCAUCACCACGCGCAAGCAAGUGGUGGGCCCAGGGGGCGUCGCAGGGCCUGUCCAGAUCGUCAACAACAAAUUUCUGGCCUGGAGUGGAAUCAUGGAGUGGCAGGAGCCCAGGCCGGAGCCCAACAGUCGGUCCAGGCGGUGGCUGCCCACGCACAUCUAUGUGAACCAGGGCGAGAUCCUGAGGACCGAGCAGUGGCCCAGGAGGCUGCACAUGCGGCUCAUCCCGCAGCAGCUGCUGACCACCCUGGUGCCGCUCUUCCGGAACUCGCGCCUGGUGCAGUUCCACUUCACCAAGGACCUGGAGACGCUCAAGAGCCUCUGUCGGGUCAUGGACAACGGCUUUGCGGGCUGCGUGCACUUUUCCUACAAGGCCUCGUGCGAGGUGCGUGUGCUCAUGCUGCUCUACUCCUCGGAGAAGAAGAUCUUCAUCGGCCUCAUCCCGCACGACCAGGGCAGCUUUGUCAACGGCCUCCGGCGUGUCAUUGCCAACCAGCAGCAGGUGCUGCAGCGCAACCUGGAGCAGGAGCAGCAGCAGCGUGGGAUGGGGGGGUAGAGACCACCUGCCAGGAGGGCCCCCUCCAGGAGUCACAGACGAGGCCCCGGCAGAGACUGGUCAGUUGCUUCUGAGCGGGGCCCAGUGAUGGCACUGCCCAGCGCGAGGAUGGUGUCCUGCCUUCCGGGACGCCCCCCACCCUGUGUGUGUCUCAAAUAAAGCCUUGAACAGCCA